AUGGUGAAACUCGGAGAAUCGGAGAACGCAAAGGUGUCCUUCAACAAGUUGGUGGACCCGGACGAUUCCUUUUUCGAUACUGUCUAUAAAAGACUGUUCAGAUAUGCAGCACCAAAUCUUUUCAUAUGGGGAACAUUAGCACCGGCACAUGAUGCCCUUUUACCGCGGGCAACAAUGGCAUGUAUACAGCUGGGAGUUGGUGCAGUGACGUUGUACGGAGCGUUCCGGCGGUUCAGCCCUUCGGUUAGUGUAUCGAGAAGAAGAUUCACUAGAUUAGCAUGCUUAUUUGCCGGAUCUGGAUUGACAGUAACUGCACUCAAGGAGUUGGCAUGCGAUCUAGAGCCGAACUCGAACCCUCUCUACAUUGAAAUCAAGCUGGCGCGGGAGUUUAACGCCGAAAAACCAACAAAAUUGUCGUUUUCUUCGUAUUGGAACGGACCGAAGAAUUUCAUGCCUAUGAACAACGCACAAUACUGGAAGAUGAUAUAUUCGCUGGAUCUCAACCAGAUGAUGGCCGACCAGUACGAGGAGUCGGAUCUCAUGCAGAAAUAUAGGGGCUUGCUUGAGAAGUUCCGGAAUGAGAAUGUGUCGAUAGAGGAAAUCCUUACAGACAAGAUUUCUGAUGCUGUGAGAGCUACCAGCAGCUCGAAAAUCGGCGAUUACAAAGAUGUACGUGCUCCAUUUGAGCUUAACAGCGUUGAUAACAAGAACAACUUGAAGUCAACGACUCUCGGGACGUGGUUUGCAAACCACCCGGUGGAUAAACUACAACUGUCCGAGUACGGUGAGUAUUUGGAUUACGAAUUUCCUCGCAUGAAGCUGGAUGACCAAAAGGAGGCCAAGAAAUGA